GGGACCUCAGGUUGGGUUGACCACAAAUACUGCCUUAUAGAGGACACCCAAACAACCAACACUUUCUAUUCAUGUGCAAUUUCGAUAUAUUCAUUAUUUUAACUCAGCUACAUGCCGGCGGCUUUUUCUCUGAGUUUGACAACUGUCCGGUCUCAUCUCCUGGAUUAAUUGAAGGAGAUAAUCAUUUCCUCUGGGCUAAUUUGGAAGCCAUUUUAAUAGCUGUUAUAGGCUAGAUCAUUGUUGUCAGAAACCUGUGAGCCCGUCUUUUUUGCUCAUUUUAUUUAUUUAUUUAUUUUAUUGGAACAUUACAUUUCUCAAGAUGAAGGAUCGAUUGGCGCAGCUGAAGGAGAAGAGUGAUGGUGGAGGCGAUGACAUUGAGGUUCCUGUGGAGAACGAGGCUUUUAUGGAUGAUUUCUUUGCCCAGAUUGAGGAUAUUCGUAACAGCAUCGACAAGAUUGAUGAGAGUGUCACAGAAAUCAAAAAACUCUACUCCACCAUCUUGUCCGCCCCCACAUCUGAGCAGAAAACACAAGAUGACCUUGAAGCCCUCACCAAUGAGAUCAAGAAGUCAGCAAACAAUGCAAGAAACAAACUCAAGAGUAUUGAGCGCCAGCUUGAGUCAAACACAGAUGAGAGGGCUUCAGCUGACCUCAGGAUACGCAAGUCACAGCAUGCUAUCCUGGCUAAGAAGUUUGUAGAGGUCAUGACAAAAUACAAUGAGGCUCAAGUUGACUUCAGAGAUAAGAGCAAAGGACGGAUCGCCCGACAGCUGGAGAUCACGGGGAAAGCAACGACUGAUGAUGAGCUGGAAGAGAUGCUGGAGGGAGGCAACUCAGCUGUCUUUACUGCUGGGAUUAUGGACUCAAAGAUCAACCAGCAGGCCCUGAAUGAAAUUGAGGCUCGUCACAAAGACAUCAUGAGGUUGGAGAGCAGCAUUAAAGAGCUCCACGACAUGUUUGUUGAUAUUGCCAUGCUGGUUGAGAACCAGGGUGGCAUGAUUGACAGGAUUGAAAGCAACAUGGACCAGUCGGUGGGCUUUGUAGAGAGAGCGGUGGCAGACACCAAGAAAGCAGCCAAAUACCAGCAGGAGGCACGCAGGAAACAAAUGAUGAUCUUCUGCUGCUGUGUGAUUUUGGCCCUCGUCCUUGGUUCAUUUGUCUACAGCUUCAUCAAAUAAACACCCUGAAUGAGGCCACACACCAGCUGAGUGCACACAUUACAGGAUGAGGCAGAGCAGAACUUUUCUAAGAUAGUCACAAAUUAGAGCUCAGGCUCAGUUCACUGUCGUCUCACUUCAUUGAAAAUAGAAAUAGAAGCUGCAAGUAUUGGCAUGAAUUAAUUCUGUUAUUCCUCAAUAGGUUAAGACAACUGUCUGUUUUUAAAAUUUGAAUUCAGUUUCAAUCCAGUUUCUGGAUCUGAAUCCAAUAGAACCAGGGCUGUAGUGGAGGCUAAAUGCAUGUAAACACCUUUUACCCACCUCUUAAAUUCUGAAAUGGCAUUUACGCAGACUGUCCAUCACUUUACAGCUGUUAGCUCAGACUGGCCUCCUACUGCAGUUUCUGUUGUAGCUACUAGGAGUGCUUGUUUUGUUUUCUGUUUGAACGCUGAGACACUGAAACAGCUGUUAACACGGAGCGACCAACAAACCACCACUCACCUAUUCUACGCGGGUGUUUAAAACAAACAAACCCUCCAUGCUGAAGCUAUCAGGCAGACUGGAGCCGCUUUCAUUAGCAAACAAAUAAAUCAGAGUUUAGAGGAUCAUAACUGACAUGUGCGGCAUUAAAUAAUAAUGUCAGACAAAAGAACAAAGUAAGAAAAAAAAAGUAGCAAGCAAAAGCUCUUCAGCUCUCUUUCAAGUCCUUUAAAUUUACAUUAGUGUUGUUCAAUAUGACAGAUAGUUUCAGUUUACUGAUUCAUCAUUCACCUGAUUCAUCUAUAAGUCAAAUUGUUGUCUUGAUUUGGCUUAAGUUUAAGCAAAUGAAUUCCAAACAUUGAUCUACAUUCAAGACCAUAUAGAGGGUGUGAAAAUCAAGGUUUAUCCAUCUAUCCAUCUGGCCUCGCAGCUGUGAUAGAGUAGCUGAGGUAUGGAACCUUUAAGUACUUUGGAGUUUACAUACCCAAAAAAUAUGCCCUCCUUGUAUAUUAAGGUUUAGUCAAGCUUUAUUUACCACUACAGCCCUGAAAAAAAACCCACCUUUUCCUCAAAUGUAUUAUAGCAUUUUGACUGGCAUAAUAUCAGUAUUUGAUUAGCUGUUGUAUUCUCUUACUAUUGUUCCAAAGACAGUUUGCAAGCAGUAGACACAUCCAAGAAAUAAUUGCAAAUGUAUAAUUGAUGCAUAAUAAAUGAAGUUCAGUGGUUUUGAAUGACAUGACAGUGUACUGACCUCAGACAGAUCUCCCUGCAACAUGACUGCAUCACCACCACACUGCCCACCAUGAUGCAUGUCUAUAAAGUCAGUAUCAUAAAUAUUGCAACAGUUAUUGCUAUUCUUUUGUACAAUUGUUAGCUAUUUUUGUUUUGAUGUGGAAACCACACCACUGUGCCAGUACUUAUGCUAUCGACUGCAUUUAAUGAUACAAUUCAUAUCAUGUUGUGAAGAGGCACCUGCUAUGACUCCAUAGUAGGUCUGUAAUCAAAUCACUUUUCAAUUUAAUGAGGGAAGGAAGUGUCUUUCCUAGAAAAUCACAUUGGAGUUUUGACGUUGAACUGAUUAAAAGAUGAUUGACAAUAGAUACUGUAUGACCUAGGAAUAGAAGUCAAUUCUGAAAGUAUUAGAUUAGAACUAGAAAUAAACACAGUGCUAAUUUGAUUCUGUUGACACUGCCUUGUGGGUGUUUUACUGCUCUAGGUCUUUGUUGUUUGUGUAUUUAUUAAAUUAUUAAAUUUAUUAAAGAUUGCUUCCAUUUUUAAUAUGCAUAUGUGUUCCCCCCUCUUUCUUAAAAGGACCACAACUCUGUUUCCAAAGAAGUCAUUCUUGUUUCAUGCCAUGGUUUGACUGUUGGUUGAUCUUUCUAUCCUCUUUGCUCUAGAUCCACAAAUGCAGUCAGCUACACUGCAAGUGUACACUGAUACUGCACUGCAAC